GGCAUGCAAGGGACGGGCUGGACAGCCUCUGCUGAUUGCUGCAGCUGAUGCGUCUGGCUGCCAGUCUCGAGACACCCAUUUCUGCCCCUGUCCGUGCCGGGAUGGCUGGACGGCGGAGAGUCUUUUGACGUUAGAGAAUCCGCAACGCGAGCAAACCUGACCCCGCUUUUCGACCGUCCAGCAUUUUUUUUUUUUCCAGAACGCAUAAAAACUAUAUAAAACUUGCCGCUUCCCCCUCCCCUUCUUCUUACGCUCUGGCAGCCUGACAGACACUCACUCGGUCAAUUGGAGGAAACAGCCCCCGUUGCUUCUAUAACAUUGUUGAGAUCACCACCGAGAAAAGAAGCCCCUCUUCACUCCGUACUGCCGCAACUAUGGGUGGGGAAGCCCCGAGAGGAGCUCCGAGCAACUACCCAACCUUCGCGGAGAAGCCCGUCGGCCAGAAGAUCACCAGCAUCUACAAGGACCGCCUCCGCCAGUUCACAGCAACGGGGCAGUACCAGGGGCACAAUCUGGUCGCCAAGUAUCACGAGGCUAUUGUCGAUGAUGAGCAACAUGUCAAGCUCUCCGUCUACUCCGUUCCAGACUUGCAGAGGCCGCCCUUCAAGGAUGUCGUUUCCAAGCAGUUCAAACCCACGAAGGGAGGCGAAGUCUUCGGUCCGAGCUGGUCGACUCAUUGGUUUAAGAUCCAGCUGACAGUGCCCCCCAGCCUGACCGCAAAGGAACGUCUGGAGUUUCAUUGGGACGCCGGUAACGAGGGCAUGGUCUGGUCCGAAGACGGUCAUCCCCUCCAGGGCCUGACCGGUGGUGACAGAAUUGAAUGGAUCUUACCAGACAGCUUCAGAGACGGGAAACAGCACACGUUUUACAUUGAGAUGGCGUGCAAUGGCUUGUUUGGAAAUGCUGACGGGGAUAUCAUCCAGCCGCCAAACCCAAACAGGUACUACCGUCUUAACACCGCAAGAAUUACUGCUGUCAAUCUCGAAGCUCGCGCAUUAUAUUAUGAUUUCUGGAUGAUCGGAGAUGCUGCAAGAGAGUUUCCAGGUGACUCGUGGCAGUCUCAUGAAGCGCUGCGCAUCGGAAAUGCCAUGAUGGAUGCAUUCAUUGCCGGAAAUGGGAGUCAGGAGUCCAUCAAGGCCGCUCGCAAAAUUGCCGAACAGUAUAUAGGCACCCUCGUCAACUCUCCGGACGUUUACAAGACCGAGGGAAAGCCCAUUGUCUUCGGUAUUGGACACUGCCAUAUCGAUUCUUGUUGGCUCUGGCCGUUCGCCGAGACAAAGCGGAAAGUAGCCAGGUCCUGGUCCACCCAGUGUGACCUGAUGGAACGAUACCCUGAAUUUCGCUUUUGCUGCUCCCAAGCACAGCAGUUCAAGUGGCUGGAAGAAGACUACCCGUAUGCCUUCGACAGGGUUAAAAGCUGGGUCAAGAAGGGCCACUUCCAGCCGAUCGGGGGCAGCUGGGUAGAGCACGAUACCAACCUCCCUAGCGGCGAGUCUCUGGUCCGCCAAUUCUUGUACGGGCAGCGGUAUUUCGAAAGCCGUUUCGGCGAACGAUGCUCGACCUUCUGGCUUCCCGAUACAUUCGGCUACUCUUCACAGCUCCCUCAAUUGUGUCGGUUGGCGGGAAUGAGCCGUUUCUUCACGCAGAAGCUGAGCUGGAAUAACAUCAAUAACUUCCCGCACACGACAUUCAACUGGGUUUCCCCCGAUGGCACCCAGGUUCUUUGCCACAUGACGCCCGCAGAGACAUACACCUCCGAUGCUCACUUUGGAGACGUCAAACGCAGCGUCACACAGCAUAAAUCAAUGGACCAGGAUAAUACCUCCCUUCUAGUGUUUGGAAAGGGAGACGGCGGCGGUGGCCCUACCCCUGAGCACAUCGAGAAGCUUCGACGUCUUCGUGGUCUCAGCGACAAGGUCGGCCUGCUUCCACGAGUUACCAUGGGCAGUUCAGUCGAUGACUUUUUCGCCCAGCUCGAACAGAAAGCGGCCAAGGGAACCGAUUUCGUUACCUGGUACGGUGAAUUGUAUUUCGAGCUGCACCGCGGUACAUACACCACCCAAGCGAACAAUAAGCGCAAUAAUCGCAAAUCAGAAUUUGUCCUCCGUGAUCUCGAACUUCUGGCAACUCUUGCUACUCUUAAAAGUUCCAACUACAAGUACCCGAAGAAAGAAGUGGAUGAUAUGUGGGAGUCAGUGUUGCUAUGCCAGUUCCACGAUUGUCUCCCGGGAAGUUCGAUCGAGAUGUGCUAUGAUGAUUCGGACAAGAUCUACGCAGAAGUAUUCGCAACCGCCCGUAGGCUGAAGGAGGAAGCGAUGCGGGUUCUCGGCUUUGUUCCGGAGCAGAGCACAAAUCAGAAGCUGAUAGCGAUCAACACCUUACCCUGGGAUAGAUCCGAAAUUGUGCCAAUCGACCAGCCGAAAUCCGCUGCUGCCACGCCGCAAUAUGCCCUGGUUAGAGGAAGUACCGGUGUGGUAUCUGCAGAGCCGCUGAGCUCUUCCCAGAGUACAUCCCUUAGUGUGAAAGAGGUCGAACCAGGCGUGUUCCAACUCCAGAACGAUGCACUUACUUUGCGGGUGACUAACGGAGUUAUUACGUCGCUGUUCGAUCGCAAGGCCAAUAGGGAGGUCGUUUCCAAGGGUGGAAAAGCGAAUCAGUAUGUCAUCUUUGACGACAAGCCGCUCUACUGGCAAGCAUGGGACGUCGAGGUAUACCAUAUUGAAUCCCGCAAGGAGCUGCAGUCAGAGACCACCAGCAUUGGAGAAACUGGACCCCAUAGAGUGAGCGUGGUCACGGAAACAAAGAUCAGCAAUGAAAGCUGGAUUAAAACCACGAUCAGUCUAAAGGAGGCAGUUGGAGAUCUCCCCGCGUAUGUUGAAAUGGAUUGCGAGGUUGAGUGGCAUGAAAGCAUGAAAUUCCUCAAAGUCGAAUUUCCCGUGGACAUUGUGAAUACAGAAGCGUCGUAUGAAACGCAGUUCGCGGUCACCAAGCGACCAACACAUUAUAAUACAAGCUGGGACAUGGCGAAAUUCGAAGUUUGCUGCCAUAAAUGGGCAGAUUUGUCUGAGAGCGACUACGGAGUCUCUAUAUUGAACGACUCCAAGUACGGUUUUGCCACGGCCGGAAACCUGAUGCGCCUGUCCCUCCUUCGUGCUCCCAAGGCUCCCGACGCCAACGCGGAUAUCGGCCGCCACCAUAUUCGCUAUGCAAUUAUGCCUCAUUCUGGCUCUCUUGAUUAUCGCACUGUCAGGGCUGGCUACAACUUCAACAACCCCUUGAUUGUGCAAGCAUUCUCGGGAAAAGAAGCCGACGAUCUUUUCAAGGCCAUCCAGCUUACCGGCUCGCCUAAUCUGAUACUGGAUACGGUCAAGCGUGGCGAAGACGAUCAAGACGUGUCUCGGGGCGAGCUUGAGCAACGGCCAGGCAAGAGCAUUAUUCUCCGAAUCUAUGAUUCGAUGGGAGGCAAGAGUCGCGGCACUCUUGGGGUGAAAUUACCCAUCCGAAAAGCGUACAAAUGCAAUGUUCUAGAGGAUGACCUAGAAACUUUGCAUAUCGACAAAGCUCAAGAUGGGUUGAAGAUUGAUAUCGAGUUGAGGCCGUUCGAGGUUGCUACGUAUCGAUUACAGCUUUGAUCAGCAUGGCCGAAGGCUGUUCGGGUCAUAUAAGGUAGGUUAAUUUUCGCGUUUAUUCAUAUUGUUGUAUAUUUAAUGGCUGCUCUGUUCUUUUUCCUGCUUGGGGGUCUUGGUGGUCUUUGAAAUGGAACCGUUCUAGAGACGUUUCGCUACCAAACCCGGGACUAUUUAAUGUCAUGACAUAUAGGACGUAUGUAUGUAUGUAUAGUACAUACAGCUCAUAAUAGGUAUCUAUACUUUAUAAUGUCGGAAUCCAAUAUAGGGCUUUA